AUAAAAGGGGAAUUCAAUCCAAUGAGCCAAAACAAAACAUUGAAACACAAAAAAGAAGAAAAAUUUAGAAGAAGAUGGGAAAGAGCAAGGUUCUAGUAGUGGGAGGAACAGGGUACAUAGGAAGGAGAAUAGUGAAAGCAAGCUUAGAACAAGGACAUGAAACCUAUGUGAUUCAAAGACCAGAAUUGGGUCUUCAAAUUGAGAAGCUUCAAAGGCUUCUAUCAUUCAAGAAACAAGGUGCUCAUCUUGUUGAAGCAUCUUUUUCAGAUCACAAGAGCCUUGUGGAUGCUAUCAAGAAAGUUGAUGUUGUGAUUAGUGCUAUCUCAGGUGUUCAUAUUAGGAGUCAUAGCAUUGGCUUGCAACUUAAACUUGUUGAUGCCAUCAAAGAAGCUGGUAAUGUUAAGAGGUUUUUGCCUUCUGAAUUUGGGCUAGACCCAGCAAGGAUGGGACAUGCAUUGGAGCCAGGAAGGGUAACAUUUGAUGACAAAAUGGCUGUAAGGAAAGCAAUAGAAGAAGCUAACAUCCCUUUCACUUACAUCUCUGCAAACCUUUUUGCUGGAUACUUUGCUGGCAGCCUCUCUCAGAUGGGCUCUUUUGUUCCUCCAAGGGAUAAAGUCCAUCUCUUUGGAGAUGGCAAACUCAAAGCUGUUUUUCUUGAUGAAGAUGAUGUUGCAACAUAUACAAUCAAGACAAUAGAUGAUCCUCUAACCUUAAACAAAACCUUGUACCUUAGACCACAAGAAAACAUUCUUUCUCAAGGAGAACUUAUUGGAAUUUGGGAGAAACUUAUUGGAAAGGAACUUGAGAAGACAUAUAUAUCUCCUGAAGGUUUUCUUACAACAUUGAAAGGGUUGGAUUAUAAACUUCAAGUAGGGAUUGGACACUUCUAUCAUAUUUUCUACGAGGGUUGUUUGACUAACUUUGAAAUUGGUGAAGAUGGAGAAGAAGCAUCAAAGCUUUACCCUGAGGUGAAUUACACACGCAUGGAUGAGUACCUAAAAAUUUAUGUGUAAAAUGAAAUCUUUCCAUUUCCAUAAGAGGUAGUGUUCAAGCAAAGACAUAAUUAUUGGUUAAAAUUACCUUACUCUUAGGAGAUUUUGUGCUUUAUAGUUCCAUGGAGGAAUAAUCUGGAUAUCUCAUGAUGUUAAAUGUCAAUUUAAAAGUCUUUUUUCUUCUUGAAAUUGCAGACAUGCAUUGUAUUUUGGAAACUAUUUUAAUGAGUUGCAUGCCUACUCCAAAUUUUGAAUGGCAUUUCCUUAUAGUGCCCUUCUACUCA